AUAUAUAUAUAUAUAUUAACAAAAUCAUCUCUGCAUAUCACCCUAGGCCGAAACUUCAUUGCUUCACGCAAAUUUAAACCCUUCACUGCAUAGUCAGUUUCGUUUCCCCAUUUUCCGAUUCUGUUUACGUCGGAGCUCUGCCGUCCUCCGCCACAAAGGUCAUGGGGACGUCCUUAAUUCUUUCAGAUCUCGGCACUGAAAUCAUAAUUCCAGUUUGCGCUCUCGUCGGAAUCGUUUUCUCUCUCUUCCAGUGGUUUCUCGUCUCCAAAGUUAAGCUGUCGCUGGAUGGAUCAGGCGGCAAGAAUGCGUUCACGGAAUCGUUGAUUGAGGAAGAAGAAGGAAUCAACGACCACAACGUCGUUCAGAAAUGUGCUGAAAUUCAGAACGCUAUCUCUGAAGGAGCAACCUCUUUCCUAUUGACUGAAUACAAAUAUGUUGGUAUUUUCAUGGUUGUUUUUGCUUUCAUAAUCUUUUUAUUUCUUGGCUCUGUUGAUGGAUUUAGUACAAGUAGUCAACCAUGUACAUACAACAUCACCAAGCAAUGCAAGCCUGCUCUUUUCACAGCCAUCUUCAGCACUGUAUCCUUUAUCCUAGGGGCUGUAACCUCUGUUAUCUCUGGUUUUCUUGGAAUGAAAAUUGCCACAUAUGCAAAUGCCAGAACUACCCUUGAAGCAAGAAAAGGUGUUGGAAAGGCUUUCAUUGUUGCAUUCCGUUCUGGAGCUGUCAUGGGAUUCCUCCUAGCUGCAAAUGGUCUUCUUGUGUUGUAUAUCACCAUCAAUUUGUUCAAGAUUUACUAUGGUGAUGAUUGGGAAGGGCUUUUUGAAGCCAUAACUGGUUAUGGACUUGGUGGUUCUUCAAUGGCUCUUUUUGGUAGAGUUGCUGGUGGUAUUUAUACAAAAGCUGCUGAUGUUGGAGCUGAUCUUGUUGGCAAAGUUGAGAGGAACAUUCCAGAAGAUGAUCCAAGAAAUCCAGCUGUGAUUGCUGACAAUGUUGGAGACAAUGUUGGGGACAUUGCUGGAAUGGGAUCUGAUCUUUUUGGGUCAUAUGCUGAGUCAUCAUGUGCUGCUCUUGUUGUUGCUUCCAUUUCUUCAUUUGGAAACAACCAUGAGUUCACUUCAAUGAUGUACCCUCUUCUUAUCAGCUCUGUGGGCAUUCUUCUCAUUAUUUCAACUAUUUUGAUGACAAUUGGUAUUGCACUUGUUAGCUGGAUUGCCCUUCCUUCCUCCUUCACCAUCUUCAAUUUUGGAGCCCAGAAAGAAGUUAAAAACUGGCAACUCUUCUUAUGUGUAUGUGUUGGUUUAUGGGCUGGCCUUAUAAUUGGAUUUGUAACAGAGUACUACACUAGCAAUGCAUACAGCCCUGUGCAAGAUGUUGCUGAUUCUUGCCGAACUGGAGCCGCAACAAAUGUCAUUUUUGGCCUUGCUUUAGGAUACAAAUCAGUCAUCAUCCCAAUCUUUGCAAUAGCAAUCAGUAUCUUUGUUAGCUUCACUUUCGCCGCCAUGUAUGGAGUCGCUGUUGCCGCCCUCGGAAUGCUGAGCACCAUCGCCACCGGAUUAGCCAUUGAUGCGUACGGUCCCAUUAGUGACAACGCCGGCGGCAUAGCCGAAAUGGCCGGCAUGAGCCACCGGAUUCGCGAACGAACUGACGCCCUUGAUGCCGCCGGAAACACCACCGCCGCCAUCGGAAAGGGUUUUGCGAUCGGGUCUGCAGCGCUGGUGUCCCUAGCGCUUUUUGGCGCGUUUGUGAGCAGGGCGGAGAUUACAACCGUAGACGUGUUGACUCCCAAAGUCUUUAUCGGUUUAAUUGUGGGGGCCAUGCUUCCGUACUGGUUUUCCGCUAUGACAAUGAAGAGUGUGGGAAGUGCGGCUCUUAAGAUGGUUGAAGAAGUGAGGAGGCAAUUCAAUACAAUUCCCGGGUUAAUGGAAGGUACAGCUAAGCCUGAUUACGCGACAUGUGUCAAGAUCUCAACGGACGCUUCCAUCAAAGAGAUGAUUCCUCCCGGUGCUCUUGUCAUGUUGACUCCUCUUAUUGUUGGGUAUUUCUUCGGUGUGGAGACGCUCUCUGGUGUCCUUGCUGGAUCUCUCGUCUCUGGUGUACAGAUUGCUAUUUCUGCAUCCAACACUGGUGGAGCUUGGGACAAUGCGAAGAAAUAUAUCGAGGCUGGUGCGUCUGAGCAUGCGAGAUCACUUGGACCGAAAGGGUCGGACCCACACAAGGCAGCUGUGAUUGGGGACACUGUGGGGGACCCGCUAAAGGAUACCUCUGGUCCGUCUCUUAAUAUUCUUAUUAAGCUCAUGGCUGUUGAAUCGCUUGUGUUUGCUCCAUUUUUUGCUGCACAUGGAGUGAAUGUUGGUGCUUUUAAUUUUCUCGAAAUAUGUGCGAUUUAA